GUUAGCAGGAAACAGGGAGAUCUUUCAUCCAAAGCACAUUGCAGCUGCUACAGAUGCUAGCAUAGCUUCCAUCUGUGAUAGAGAUGAAUGGUGUACAAGUGAGUUACUGCUGAGAUACUGAAACACACAGAGAAGGAAUCCUCCAAACAGGGGAGAAUUGACUUUACAGGGAGACCAGAUGAUCAUCUAUCCAGUUCUUAAAAAUCUCCAGUGACCGGGACUCUACAACAGGUAACCUGUUUUCAAAACUCAACAGUUCUGCCUCUCAUCUCCUCUGGACCUGAGAAAAAAUAAUCCCAUCACCCCCAGAGAUUGGAUUUCCGAGAAAGGCUUUAACAAAUGAAUAUUGAUUGAAAGGAGGUUUCAAUAUGAAUUGUUAUGCUUGGCUAUCUCUUCUGCUAACACUUAGUCAUCUAUGGUCUUGCCUUCCAAGUAUGCAGAACCAUAACACCCACAAAAUGAACCACCCUUUUGCAACACUUCAGAGAGUGAAACGUGGCUGGGUAUGGAGACAAUUUUUUGUGUUGGAAGAACAGAUUUUAACAGAGCCUUUGUGUGUUGGUCAGCUGAAGUCUGAUUCCGACAAACAUGAUGGUACUUUCAAAUACAUUUUGACGGGGGAUGGAGCGGGAAGCAUUUUUACUAUCGAUGAGAAUACAGGUACAAUUCAUGUGACACAGAAGCUUGAUCGAGAAGAGAAACCUUUCUACACUCUAAGAGCACAGGCAAUUAACAGGAAUACCCAGCUGCCCGUUGAACCUGAGUCAGAAUUUAUCAUCAAAGUUCAGGAUAUCAAUGAUCAGGAACCAAAGUUCUUGGAUGGACCUUAUGAAGCCACUGUUCCAGAGAUGUCUCCCGAAGGUACUUCGGUGAUACAGGUUACAGCUACAGAUAGAGAUGAUCCUGCUUAUGGCAAUAGUGCCCGACUGCUUUAUAGUAUUUUGCAAGGACAGCCCUACUUCUCUGUGGAGCCAAAGACAGGAGUCAUUAGAAUUUCUUCCCAAAUGGACAGAGAAACUAAGGAGCAAUACUUUGUCAUUAUCCAAGCCAAAGAUAUGGUAGGGCAAAUGGGUGGAUUUUCAGGAACAACAACUGUAACCAUCAACCUCUCUGACAUCAAUGACAACAAGCCCAUAUUUCAACAAAAGUUCUACUACAUGAAUAUCUCUGAGGCAGCACCAGUGGGCUCUACCAUAGGCAAAAUCAUGGCAGAGGACAGUGACAUAGGGGAGAAUGCAGCCAUGAAUUAUGUCAUCGAAGGAGAGGAAUCACUUGUUUUUGACAUCAUUACUAACAAUGAGACCCAAGAAGGAAUUGUUAUAUUAAAAGAGAGAGUGGAUUUUGAGAGCAAAAGGAGAUACAGUAUUAGAGUAAAAGCUAUUAACAGGCAAAUGGAUGACCAUUUUAUGAAAGAAGGGCCCUUUGAAGACACAACCAUUAUCAAGAUCAGUGUGGAAGAUGCUGAUGAGCCUCCAGUUUUCACCUCACAAAACUAUGUGAUGGAAAUCACUGAAGGGGCCACAAAUGGCUCCUUUGUUGGUGCUAUAACUGCCAGAGAUCCAGACAAUGCCAACAGUCCCAUCAGGUAUUCUAUUGUCCACAGCACGUAUUUAAAGAGAUUGUUCAGCAUCAAUGCACACAGUGGAACAAUCAUUAUAAAUAAGCUUCUGGACCGAGAGACAGCUGCUUGGCACAACAUAACUGUUACAGCCACAGAAAUGAGAAAUCCAGAACAAGUUUCUGAAGUAACUGUGUAUGUUCAAGUUCUUGAUGUUAAUGACCAUGCUCCAGAAUUUCCAAAACUCUAUGAGAUUUAUGUGUGUGAAAAUGCAAGAUCUGGACAGCUAAUCCAGACCAUCAGUGCAGUGGAUAAAGAUGAUUCAGUAGAAGGCCAUCAUUUUUACUUCACUCUGGCUCGGGAGGCCACAAACAACUCAAAUUUUACUGUCAGAGAUAAUCAAGAUAACACGGCUGGAAUUUUUACAGCAAAAAAUGGCUUCAGUCGACAAGAGCAGUUUGCUUUCUUCCUGCCAGUCCUAAUUGUAGACAAUGGAACCCCCUCACUUACCAGCACAAACACCUUAACUGUCAGCGUCUGUGAUUGUGAUACUGAAGCUAGUGCCCAGUCUUGUCGAUUUGGAGCUUUCAUGUUUUCCAUGGGUCUCAGCAUAGAAGCAUUAGUUGGAGUUUUGGCCUGCAUACUAGUAAUAUUAGUGUUUUUUUUGGCAAUGCUGGUUUUAAGGCAGCGGAGGAAGCGGUCUCUAUUUCCUGACAAGCCUGAAGAGUUCAGAGAGAACAUUGUCAGGUAUGAUGAUGAAGGAGGGGGAGAGGAGGACACAGAGGCUUUUGAUAUUUCAACACUCAGGACUCGUACUGUCAUGAGAGAGCACAAGUCUAGAAGAAACAUCACAACAGAAAUCCAAAGCCUUUACAGACAAUCUCUGCAAGUUGGUCCUGACAGUGCUGUUUUCAGGGAAUUCAUUUUAGAAAAGCUUAAAGAAGCUAAUGCAGAUCCUACUGCUCCGCCAUAUGAUUCCCUUCAGACAUAUGCAUUUGAGGGGACUGGCUCAUUGGCUGGAUCCCUCAGCUCUUUAGGAUCAAGCAUAUCACAUGUGGAUGAGAAUUAUGAUUACCUUACUGGGGGUCUGGACUUUACACAACUAGCAUGCAUGUAUGACCCCAGUAAGAGUACAAGGGAUUAGCAGCCAAUAGGGGCCACAUUUUCAAAAGUACUCAGCAGCCAAAAUCAAGUAUGUAUUUGAAAAUGAGACCAAUUUAAGCAACAAAAUAAGUGGCUAGGUUUCAAGAACAGCAGUUCAAACUGAUCGUGGAUGUUGAGAACCUUUUCAAAAUCUGCCUGUGAGUGUCACUCUGAGAAGUGCUGAAUGCUCAGCCCUUUUGAAAGUCAGCUCUUAUUCAGGUGCCUGAAUACAAGCUGCGCUCCUUUGAAAAUCUAGUUCCAAUGGUGGGUGCUUAAAACAGGUCCCACAAGCACAGGAUAAAACAAAACAAAAUAACUAUGGUCCUGGAAAUAUUUGACCUUAGGCUUUACAACUAUUUCCAAAGUUAAGGCUGACUUGGUUGGGUUUUGUUUUUGUUUUGUUUUGUUUUUUCAUAUUAAUUAACCAAAGUUAAAGCUUGCAUAUUUGUAUUAUGUUUCAUAAUAUAAAUACUAUUGUGUAAAAAAUGUAGACACCAGACAUAUUUUUAAAGGAUUGUAAAAAACACUUAAAGUCUUCUAUUUAUUUUUUUUUAGGAUAAAACUAAAGCAAAUGCAGUUUUUAGCCAUGUAGAAAUAAA